CCACCAUCCGCAAAACGAGACACGAAGAUCGACAAGCCAGAUUUUUGGGUUGCAGCGUUGCAGCAAAGGAGAAAGGAAUAAGCUAUUGACGCCUCUGCCAAGCCUUCUGCGAGAGAGUAGACAAGGGCAACUUGAUAGAACUUCUUGGAAAGAGUACCUUGACUGAGAGCCAUGUCGGGAUUUGGUGGUGGCUUCGGCAACCCAGCUCCAGCUCCAGGGUUUGGAUUUGGCGGAGCUCCGGCUCCAGCUUUUGGAAGUAGUGGAUUUGGAUCACCCCCGCCUGCAGCACCUGCCCCAACUGGAUUUGGCAACGCCAACACUAGUAGUCCUUUUGGUGGGGGUUUUGGUGCUCCAGCAUCUGCUCCAACCACCUUUGCUGCUCCUGCAUCGUUUGGAAACGCCCAACCACAACCGCCAUUUGGGGCGGCUCCUGCUAGCAGCGGGUUUGGGACGCCCGGAUUUGGGGCGGCACCGUCAUCGGGCUUUGGCCAACCCUCUUCUGGAUUUGGAUCGACUGGCUUUGGAAACAGCAGCAGCAACAGUGACAAUUCGAUGUUUGGAGCCCCCUUUGGUCAACAGCAGCCGCCACAGCAACAACAAGGUACUCAAAUGAUGGACGUCCCAAAUCCCUUUGGGGGAGGGGCUCCUGCUCCCUCAGUUUCCUUUGGCAUGUCGUCCAACGUAGUCACGGGAGGAAAUGCGCCCAUGAAUAAUGCAUCUGGCGGUGGGAUGUCAUUUGCCGCUCCUGCCAGUUCCACGUUCGGCGGCAAUAAUAACAACAUCGACAAUUCGACAUCUUUUUCAUCCAAUCCAUUUGGUGGAUCGGCGGCCCCAUCCGCCCCUUUUGGAGCAGCUCCAGCCUCUGGCAUGACGUUUGGAUCGUCAUCAUCGUCAUCACAGCAACAGCAGCAUAAUAGACAGCAAUCAUCGGGCAGCGUCGAAAUGGGAGGAUCAGAUUCCCCAACUCCCAUGACAGCUUUUGGAAGCACAUUUCACAGCACAUCAGACCGAGGUAUGGAUGGAUCACUCAGUCCAAUUCCCGAAGAUAAUACUAUGGGUGAUCCAUUCGGUUCUGCUUCGGGGAAUGCUGCCGGUGCUCCUUCUUCGGCGCCACCACCACAACAGGAUGGCAAGGCGGAUGAACUAGCACGUCUCAAGGCCAAAAUUGAAGCCAAACGAAAGAAAUUGGCAGACAGAAUGAAAAACAAGGAUGGCGGCAAUAAUGACGAUAGUGCUGCUGCUGCUUCUGCUGCUGCUGGUACUAGUAGUAGUCAACAACAACAACGACAACCAAAACAGUCUCAAGAGAGCCAUCGAAAUCGACGAAAUCGAGGCGCCGCCAGCCCUGGGCCAGAAGAUUCCUCCGACCAAAAAUCAAGGGCGGAACGAAAUGCCAUUCGCUUUGCCACCACCACCACCAAUACGGCCACACGAUCUCACCUGCCAUCCGAGUUGCGGGGGCAGCAGCAGUCAGGUGCGCCUAGUGGUAGACCCUCUGCUACAGCCUCCUCGGCUAUCGGAGGGGGAGGGAGACCCUCUGUUACAUCGGCUGUCGGAGGAGAAGCCAACCGAGAAGACUUGGCAUCGGCCAAAUCACUCAUUGGAACUUGCAUGUACAUGUGUCCCGACGAAGAGUUGGUACGACGAGAACGUGAAAACGACAUUCAGCUGCUGGAAAUGCCCGACCCCGGGGGCGUUCACCCUCCUCAGUGGGGAUUACGCAACACGGUUGUCAAACGGUUUCGAAGAUCUGCGGCAGAUUACAAAUUGGAUGUGCCAGAAUGGAUCAGACCUCCCGAUGUCUUGGAGGAGGUCUGCGCCUAUCUGGAAGAGUGGGUCAUGGAACGGGACCGACAAGGGCCCGAUCGUCGCUUUCCACAAAAUGGAACACCCAACUCGUUGGAUGUGUAUCAAUUCAUUUGGGAUCGAACGCGAAUGAUUCGCAAGGACUUUAUUCUAUCAAACUAUGUGGGAACAGGGGGGAUGUGCGAUGCAAGAGCUGUGCGAUGUCACGAACGAAUUGCUCGGUGGCAUGCCAUGUGCGAGCAUCAGCUGAGCCAUAUCAAUGAUUUCGUUGUUCAACAGUCGCAACAAAACAUUGCGGAGCUGGGGCAGACAAUAAAGACGCUGAACCAUUUCUACGACGACGCGAUGGGCCGUGCAUACAUUGAAGUCCCAGACGAUCAGGGGAGGGAAACACGGACAAACUUCAACGAUUUUUCUCACGGAUGCCAAUCCGAUAUUUGCCAAGGUGUCAAUCCAGUGGACUAUGACGGGUCGCCGUUAACGAACACAGCAGAUGCAUCUGCGCUGUCGCAACGGUUGAUUGGGAAAAUGACCGUGAACAGUCCUUCUCGAGGUACAGCCGAAUGCGAGAUGCGGGGUCUGUAUAUUCUUCUGGUUAUGAAUAACGAGGGCGGUAUGGAAGUCAUGAGGUACACAGCUGCUUUGUACCGCGAAAGACCCGAAAUCUAUAAUUCCAAACCAGUGCAACUUGCGCUGGAAAUCUUCAAGGCGAAGAAAGCCAACAACUACGUCCGCUUCUUCAAAUUUCUGAGAGAUCCUGGAACACCCUAUCUUUUUGCUUGUCUGAUGUUCAAACACAUCGAGUCCAUGAGGAGAAUCGCGUUCAGAAUGAUUAGCAAAACGUAUGGAGCCAAGCGAAGGGAUACUGGCGAGCCCAUUUACGACGCCUACCCGUUGAAGAAACUCGCGGAGAUUCUUUGUUUCGAUGAUUUGGACGAGGCGCGAGCGGCUUGCAAGCAUUUCAACAUCACCAUCAAACCUGUGCAGCUCAAACCGGGCAGUGAUGGUAAAAGUGGAAUGGCAGAGAUCAUCUUUUGGAAGCAGACGGACUUCACCGAACCGAGAGACGAGGAAAAGAACAUUCCAAUUGUGCUGCGCCCCAAAAAGAAUCUGAAGUACAUCGAAAGCAAACUGAACAAGGCGACCAGGCUUGGAGUUUGUAGGGGUGAAGUCAGCGGUGCCGGGUCCUCUUUGAUGCAGCUUCCUUCCAAGACAUCGACAGCCGUCAGUCCCGAUGCUGCGCCAUCGGCAACUCGGGCUCCAACCUCAACCGCCCCUGCGAGUCAACCCGUACAUGUACAGCCGAGUGUUCCAGUGCCAGCUCCUGCCGCAUUUGACGAUGAGGCCGCGAAAGUCGAAGAGCUCAGGAGACGCCAAAAGGCUCUCUUGGAGGCAGCGGCCAAGAAGAAGAAGUUGGAGGAAGAAGCCAAGCGAAAUGCAGAAAAGGAGCGCUUGGAAGCGGAGAGGAUUCGCAAAGAACGCGAGGAAGAGAAGAGAUGGCUACGAGAGGAGAAAAAGAGAAAAGAAAUGGAAAGGCUGGCCGAAAAGCGGCGGCUCAAGGAAGAGGAGGAGAAACGGAAAAAAGAGCAGGCAGUAAGAGAGGAGCGGGAACGAAAAGAGAGAGCCGCCAAGGAAGCCCUUCGACGGCAGGAAGAAGCUCGGAAAAAGGCUGAAGCAGAAGCAGCUAGGAAGAAAGCAGAAGAAGAAGAAAGGGAGCGACAAAGGCUUGAAGCUAUUAGGAAGGAGAAAGAGAGAAUCGAGCGCGAAAAACGCGAGGCGGAAGAGCGCCGUAGAAGAGAAGAGGCCGAGCGCAUCAGAAAGGAGCAAGAAAUGAAGCGACUUGAAACCUUGAGGGCACAGGAGGAGGAACGUAAAAGGCGAGAAGCCUUGAAAAGGAAGGCACAGGAGGAGUUGGAACAACGUGUUGACAAAGCCCGCAAACUACUGCUGUUACGACGUUGGCGCGAACAGCUACCUCGCAGCUUUCAGUCCAGUAGAAGUACAAGGGAAAGCCUGGGACGGAUGGACCCUACAUUCUCUGUAUCAUCCCCGUUCACAGAAAACUUCCGCGCCGAGGAGCUAGUGUCGGAGGGAUCGAAUUCGCGAUCCAUGGCACAAUCUCAAAUUGUGGACACACGCAAAAUACUGAAUCGAAUACUUUCCGAGAAAGAUCCAGCCGCGCUUGACGUGGCUUCCUUAUUGAUGAACAAGCUUCAAGGGGAUGGUGAGCUUUUGCAUCACAUGCGGCCAACUGGUCUUCGGAUGGUUGAAACGGAAGCAUUGAAAACAACGAUCUUGUUGAAAGUUGCGGUGGUUCUUCCAGAGCCAGAUGGGCUAGAGGAGGAAAGCAUGUACGAGUCGAUUCAUACCUGGCUAAAUAGGCGCCUUGAGUACGGGAAGGUUGACAUUUUGGAGGACCUGGCUUCAGCUGGAGCUGGAGCACAAAACCUUGAGGUCAGGGUCCUUUUUGUGAAGGCCGAUAGCUGGGUUGGCCCUGUCGUCUGUGAUGCGGCGCUCUUUGUUAUCCCACCCGAAUUUUGCAGCGGCGAUUGGAGCUGCUCUCGGAAGAUUGAAGGGAUCGCGUCGGCUUUUGGAUGCAUUGGCCCAGAUGUCCCCCGUGUUGCUUAUGUACUGGGCGAGCAAUUCGACUCAGAAUACCGCGAGACUGUGAACGAGUUCCUUGGUGAAUGUCUCCAACAGACUGAAACUGCAGAGUUCAGAACCUUCUUUCCGGUCGAGUCGUCUGUAUCUGCUCUGGAACGCUGCCUCAAGUCGGCGUUGAAGUCCCUGAUCCAAACCUUCACUGAUGAUGCUCCUCUGGCUGUGGAGCAGGUGUCCGCCGUCAAGCUAGCGAGCAAAUGCAUCACCGAUACACUCUGGACGGCGUCAGUCUUCGACUCAUCAGAACGUGCGAGAGUGGCUCUGUCCGCCCUCCUCAAGGAGCUCGACAAGCAGAGUCACUCCAUCGAAGAUUCGUGGUCAAGCUGGCCUGCCGGAGAUUUUGCAACGGAACAAGGCUUUGUAUUGGACUAUUUUUGCAAGGAUCUCCAUCUCCCGGUUGCAUGGGCAUACCACGGGUUUUUGGAUAGGGCACGACGCGUAUUAAAGGAACUACACGAGGCGUUUCAAGAAGCAAGCGUUCCUUUGGCGGUUGCCAAGAUGACAGCGAAUGCCCCCGCUGCUUUGCGCCGCGAAUGUGACCAACUCCUGGAAAAUAGGCACUAUCGUAAGUGUAUUCAAGUGGCUCUCGAAUCGGGCUUCGUGGCCGAUGAGAUGCUUUUCUUGCCUCAGGGCGCCGCCGAAGAAAUCGUGGAAGCCGCGAUCCGGAGUGCCACUGGCUCCGUUGGAUCAGACUUGGAUGCUCUCGACGAAUCUGACAACCUCAACAAUGAAGUCGACUUGACAGGAUCGGAAGAUCAUCCAUCUAUGAUGGAGUCGACCCCCGCCACGAGAGAGAACGCGAAGCAGAAAGAAGCAGACGAAUCCGAAGCCACCGACGACGCGGGUGUCUUUAAGAAAGCCCAAGACAUCUUUCAGAUAUCCAGAACGAUUUCUCCGGUUCCGCCAGGUGCAAUGAACACACCCAACACUGUGGAUUCUCCACCUGGGUCGGAAUCGCCACCACCAGGCGUCCAGUCGAACUACAAACGCAGUUAUUCGGGCAUGUCGGAAGGCGACGAAUCGGAUUCACCGUUUCGAUCUCCUGUUGUUUCUGGGUCCUCGACCACUCCACGCUCCCUCUUGAAGCGACCUCGCAAUGCGUCGUAUCGAUCACAAGACGAAAUUGAGAGCAGCGAGUUCACAAAGAAGCUGCAGGCGUUGUAUGGUGGAGGCGCAACUGUGGAUAUGGACGUGGGAGAUACAAGGCUUUCACGACUCGUCCGCGACCUUCCAUUGCAAUCGGACCAGGAUUGAAGGGAUGGAUCAUUAUCCCUCAUGUUGUCUGCAGAGGCAGAGUUCACUCCUUGCUA